UUGUCCUCACCACCAACAACCACUCAAUUGCAUCAGUAGCUCGAAAUGUCGUACGAAAAUUACACUGCCAUACGGAGAUUCAUCGUGCGACACAUUCAGGACCAAGGUUUCGCCGAGAACGACGGUCUGCCAGGCCGAGUCCUGAUCCAUCUGUGCCUGGAGCGGUUCUCCCCCGACCUGCAGGAUCCCGAGGCUAUCAGAACUGAGAAAAAGUCAAUUGAGGGGGCAAUUAGGCGCAUGGUUGAGGAUUCUAUGUUGCAGCCCGUGAGCAGGAAUCAAAAGGUUGUUUUUCGUCUGGAUCCGUACUUCAAUAUUAAGGACAAGAAUAAUCCGAGUGCGAGCCAGCCGAGCGAAGACCCGCAGAGUACACAAGAGGCGUUGGAGGCUCUUGAGAGGGAAGCUAGCCCAGACAUUGAGGAUCAAGAUAUGGAUCAGCACAUUGACGAAGAGCUCGACCAGCAGUUGGCGCAGCAAUUGGAUCAUUCGAUGAAUCAAGUGGAGGAUCAGGCAGAGGAAGACUUAGACAUGGGCGAGAGACGGCAAGAUGGCUGGGUAGAGAAAGUUGUCGAUAACCAAACGGAGAGAGAUCAGGUCCAUCAGGUCGAAGAAGUAGUUCACAACCGAGGGGAUGGGCUGAAACAAGAUCAGCCAGAUGAUAUGGGAAAUCCUGCGGAAACACACCAGGAAAGCCAGGCUGCGGAAGACGCGGACAUUCAGGCAAUGAGACAGCAAGAGGCACAGGAGGCUGCUAGAAUCGAGGCAACAAGGCAUGUAGAAGCUUAUGCCGAAAUCACACGUGGGGCAGCACCCAUGCCACAGACACAUAUAGAGGAAGAGGGAGAAGAUGAGGACCCUAUCAGAACACCAAGCAGGAAGCGCCGGAAGGUGUUGGAGAUCGCGGCGAGUGAGUCCUCGAGCAGCUUCGAGCCUAUUAGUCCGGGUAAAUAUCCGAAUUCGACCCCGCGGCGGAGAAUGAACAGACUAGGUACGCCUCUGUCUGCCUCAAGAAGGCGUUCUGCACCCACUGGCACCUACAACUCUCCGUCCCAGCAGAGAUCCCCCAGGCAUAUGGAGCACAGAAUCGUCAAGGAGGAGAGGACGGACAACUCCCCAAAUUGGCUAAAAGAUGCAGUCAUUGAGCUCCGCACGAAAAAUUCUGAAUCCUCGAUUAUAACCGAGAAUGGACUUGUCAAAUGCUUAGAUUGUGACGGGAAGACGUUCAAGCCAACAGCGAACCGAAAGAUCGGCGGUGUCAUGACACAUUUGAGAAGCAAGACCCAUCUGACCAAUGUCACCCGCCGACAGGAAAAGCUGGGUCCUUCAGAAUGCUAUUUCCCUAGCAUCCCCACCACUAUUCCAACCAUAGAUUUCAACAUGCCUCAAGCUCCACUCAUGGUAUUUGCCAAUCAGAGACAGGAGUCACCGCAAGACUUGGCAAGUGCGUUCAGCGUCCUUGGCAGGGCUCUUCAGAAUGAUGCUUCUCGGAAGGAUAUUCGUGCAUCCUUUGUAGAGGGUCGAGUGCAGGAGAUGGAGAAGACGAACAAAGAGCAGCAAGAACGUAUUGACGCUUCGCUUGCCGCAAUUGAGAGACAAAAGGUCGAGCAGCAAGAGUUGGUGUCAGAUAUUCUUGCCUCGUCGGAGCAGAAACAGCAAGAAUUGUCUCGGGAAGUAAACGAUCGCAUCAAUUCGGUCGAGGAGAAGAGCAAGGAUCAGUUGCAAAAUAUAGACAGUCGCAUGGCAAGAUUCGAAGUGGAAUCCAAAGGGCGACUUGAACAAAUGAGUACUCUCCUCGCCCGGUCUGACCAGAGAAAUAUCAACAAGAUCGAAGACAUUGCUGAACGUGUCAAUGAGUCUCAGGAGAGUUCCAAGGAGCGGCAUUCUCAGCUUUCUGGGGAAAUCCGGGAUCUUAAGGAAAUCAACGAAGGACAAAAUGUGAUGAUUCGUGAGCUGGAUUCACAGGUUGCCGAAAAGAGGACGUGUCUUGAAAAGAUGGUUGAAGAGAUCCACGCUCUGAAAUCUCAGGUCGUUGAGAGUACUGAGGGAAUCAGAGCAAUAAGGGAGGUCGUAAAUGCAGAAAAUGAAAAGAACAGCCACCUGUCGUCAGAGCUUGCUGAGAGGAGAGAGGAGAUGGAGGCUUUUGGGAAGAUCACCAAGGUACAAAACGAAAAAAUACACGAUCUAGAAGCGCUGUUUGAAGGGAACACUCGAGACUUGAAGGAACUUAUGAAGACGGUCGAGGCACAAGAAGAAACGCACUUUCAACAGACGGCAAAACAGAUGGAGGAUUUCAAGCAACAAACCACAGAGCAGCUAAAGAAUAUCACGGAACGGCAAGCAGCAAUGUUUGAGAAAAGGAGUGCAGAGCUAGCCGCGGUCUUCGAGAGAUCAACCACGGAGCAGCUGAAGAUCAUACAACAGCAGUCAGCUUGGAUUCAAAUGUUUGAGAAGGAGACAUCCUCCAAGUUUCGAAUCAUGGAGAGUUUCAAGAAAGAUCAGGAGCACUACAAAGAAGGACUCGAAGAUGUUAUCUCUGGCAUUAUGGAAGAUACGGCGCAAGUGCGAGAGUUUGUACAGGAGCUUGUACAGGAUAUGGUUCGUCCUGUCGCGACAGAACCGUCUGCCAGAACAGUAAAUACGCGUGCUUCAGUAUGAGUACUUGUUUUCGGGCCUGUUCUCUCUUGGAAUCUUCUGGUAACGGGCAUGGGGUUUGCAACGUUAUGUUUAAGGUUAGAAAUACCUUUCAACAGUUGACGGCGAUGUCUUUGUAAACAGUCGGACGAUAAAGGCGUUCGGGAGCAUCUAGAUACCAUUCUGAUAUUUGCUAGCCGUUCUGGGAAACUGCUGAACAUCCAAUCGGAGCUGUUUCGAUUUCACUCGGCUCUCCCGAAAUCUGAAAUGCAACGGGCACGGCGUUCACCUGUCAAGAUUAAAGUUUAACCCGAAAUGAUGUCGGCCG